GUGUUGUCUCACAGUGGCCCCAGCUACCCGCCCUGCAGGGUCCCGCUCACUCACUCUCCCGCCUGUACCAGACACCGCCAUGUUUACACUAUUCCGUUCCUUGCGUCAGUUGAUCCACCUCGACAAAAUCUCGAUAGACAAUGUGAUUUUCCUCCUUCACUACAAAGUGACUAUGGUGCUUCUAGUGGCCUUCAGCGUAUUAGUGACUCAAAAGCAAUAUUUCGGUGACCCCAUCGACUGUAUGGUCGACUGGUUGGACAGCCACAUGAUAGAUCAGUACUGCUGGAUCCAGUCGACCUAUACGAUACCGGCGCUGGCAGCUGGCGUGGUAGGAAAGGAGGUUUCCCACCCGGGCGUGGCCAACCCUGACGCCUCAGGACGCAACAGAGCCUGGGCCGGCGGAGAACAAUACGCUAUCCGGCACCACAAGUACUACCAGUGGGUCGUCCUCUUCCUCUUCCUGCAGGCUGGGAUGUUCUACGUGCCUCGCUUCAUCUGGAAGCGGCUAGAGGGAGGCCGUGUGAGCGGCCUGGUCGCCGAGCUCAACCUGCCUGCCCUGAGCCACGACCGCAGGAGAGAGAGGACCAAGUUUGUGAUUGAGUACUUCGACCAUUACUUCCACCACCACAACGUCUACGCCUACCAGUUCUUCCUGUGCGAGCUACUCAACUUCGUCAACGUCGUCGGCCAGAUGUACUUCACUGACAAGUUCUUGGGGUUUGGGUUCGCCAAGUAUGGACCGAGGGUCUUAAGCUAUACCCAAGACUCAAUGAAAGGUGUGGAUCCCAUGGAGGAGAUCUUCCCCAAGGUGGCCAAGUGCACCUUCCACAACUUCGGUCCAUCAGGGACCAUCAUGCGACACGACGCUCUCUGUGUCCUCCCGCUCAACAUCCUCAACCAGAAGAUCUUCGUCUUUCUCUGGUUCUGGUUUGUGACUGUGGCCGUCAUCUCGACUCUGGGGCUCGUCUACCGCCUGGCCACCUUCACCCCCACCGUCCGCCACCUGCUCCUGCGUAGUCGCUCGCGCCUGGCCUCCUCAGAGAAGGUGAAGGCUAUAUCACAAAGGUGUUACAUAGGUGACUGGUUCAUCCUCUACAUGAUAGCUAAGAACAUGGAUCCGUUUACCUUUAAGGACUUCAUUAACGACAUAACGCCGACCAUAGUGGACAAGGAACACGCCUCCUAGUAUUGUGUCUCCCAUAUGGUGGUUCCACCAUACAUGCUUCCCUAUGGUGGACCCACCAUACAUGCUUCCCUAUGGUGGACCCACCAUACAUGCUUCCCUAUGGUGGACCCACCAUACAUGCUUCCCUAUGGUGGACCCACCAUACCGAAUUUCCUAUAGUGGCACCACCAUAACGACUUUCCUAUGGUGGUACCACCAUUCUUCCUUCACCAUAGUGGCCCCACCUUAUCUGCUUCUCCAUGGUAGACCCACCAUAUAGGCUUCCCAGUGGUAUCACCAUCGUACAAGCUUCCCUAUAGUGGACCUACCUUACCUCCUUUCCACUGGCGGCGUCAUAAUGUCUUUACUCCUAAAGGGGCCUCACCAUACCUUCCAUGGUGAGGCCUCACACUAUGGUGACCCCAGUAUACCUACUACACCAUGGUGGGUACACCAUACCUACUACACCAUGGUGGGUACACCAUACCUACUACACCAUGGUGGGUACACCAUACCUACUACACCAUGGUGGGUACACCAUACCUACUAUACCAUGGUGGGUACACCAUACCUACUACACCAUGGUGGGCACACCAUACCUACUACACCAUGGUGGGCACACCAUACCUACUACACCAUGGUGGGCACACCAUACCUCCCUUACCAUGGGACCUGAAUAAUCCGGCUUCAACCUAUUGGCUCCACAAUACCCUCCACAGUGCACCAUAAUGGCCCCAUUAUACGGGCAUCACCACACCGGCCACACCAUGAGUGGACGUGCCAGUUCCUACUUAACCAUUAAUAGUAUCUAACUACUAUUUCACUGCGGCUUCUCCACCGUGCCCAUGUUACCAUGGUGCCUUGCCAUAACUAUACUAUGUAUUCCCCAAAGUGUUUCAUAAUCACUGCUGUCGAACUCUGGUUAAUUUCCCAAAACUUCAAGUCUAUUGUUGCUGUGUUUAAGCCAGACAGCUAUUGGUAACCACUCACAGCCGCCUGAUGUGCUACCAUGAGAGGUGCACUGUUGGUGUUGCUCAAAAGUGACAUUUCACCUGUGUGACGCCUCAUCAUGGCUGACAUACUACUCAUUCCCCAUUAUGGCUGACACACCUUGGUACCAUCAUCAUGGCUGACACACCAUGGCUGACACACCAUGGCUGCUUCAUCAUGGCAACACUUGCGUUAGACUUUUUACCUAACUUAUCUCUCACAUCACUGACGAUCCACCAUGUCUAUUGCACUUCUGAUGCCCCAUCAUGCUCACCAUGGCUGAUACUCCUCUGCUACCCCACCAUGGCUGAUACUCCUCUGCUGCCCCACCAUGGCUGGUACCCCCUCUGCUGCCCCACCAUGGCUGAUACCCCCUUGCUGCCCCACCAUGGUUGAUACCCUCCUGCUGCCCCACCAUGGCUGAUACUCCUCUGCUGCCCCACCAUGGCUGAUACCCCCUUGCUGCCCCACCAUGGUUGAUACCCUCCUGCUGCCCCACCAUGGCUGAUACUCCUCUGCUGCCCCACCAUGGCUGAUACUCCUCUGCUGCCCCACCAUGGCUGAUACUCCUCUGCUGCCCCACCAUGGCUGAUACUCCUCUGCUGCCCCACCAUGGCUGAUACUCUUCUGCUGCCCCACCAUAGCUGAUACCCCUCUGCUGCCUCACCAAGGCUGAUACCCCCCUGCUGCCCCACCAUGGCUGAUAUUCUUCUGCUGCCCCACCAUGGCUGGUACCCACUCUGCUGCCCCACCAUGGCUGGUACCCACUCUGCUGCCCCACCAUGGCUGAUACCCCUCUGCUGCCCCACCAUGGCUGAUACCCCCCCCCGGCUGCCCCACCAUGGCUGAUACCCCCCCCCCCCCCCCGGCUGCCCCACCAUGGCUGGUAUCGUUCUGCUGCCCCACCAUGGCUGGUUCCCCUCUGCUGCCCCACAAUAGCUGGUACCCCUCUGCUGCCCCACCAUGGCUGGUACCCACCUGCUGCCCCACCAUGGCUGGUACCCACCUGCUGCCCCACCAUGGCUGGUACCCCUCUGCUGCCCCACCAUGGCUGGUACCCACCUGCUGCCCCACCUUGGCUGGUACCCCUCGGCUGCCUCACCAUGGCUGGUACCCCUCUGCUGCCCCACAAUGGCUGGUACCCCUCUGCUGCCCCACCAUGGCUGAUAUCACCUGCUGCCCCACCAUGGCUGAUACCCCCCUGCUGCCCCACCAUGGCUGGUUCCCACCUGCUACCCCACCAUGGCUGGUACCCCUCGGCUGCCCCACCAUGGCUGGUACCCCUCUGCUGCCCCACAAUGGCUGGUACCCCUCUGCUGCCCCACCAUGGCUGUACCCACCUGCUGCCCCACCAUGGUUGGUACCUCUCUGCUGUCCCACCAUGGCUGAUAUCACCUGCUGCUCCACCAUGGCUGGUACCCCUCUGCUCCCCCACCAUGGCUGGUACCCCUCUGCUGCCCCACCAUGGCUGGUACCCCUCUGCUGCCCCCACCAUGGCUGAUACCCCUCUGCUGCCCCACCAUGGCUGGUACCCCUCUGCUGCCCCAGUAUGGCUGAUGCCCACCUGCUGCCCCACCAUGGCUGAUACCCUCCUGCUGCCCCACCAUGGCUGAUACCCUCCUGCUGCCCCACCAUGGCUGAUACCCCCCUUUUGCCCCACCAUGGCUGGUACCCCUCUGCUGCCCCACCAUGCCUGGUACCCACCUGCUGCCCCACAAUAGCUGAUACCCACCUGCUGCCCCACCAUGCCUGGUACCCACCUGCUGCCCCACAAUAGCUGAUACCCACCUGCUGCCCCACCAUGUUUGCUCUUCAGAGAGUACUCAACCAUGGUAUAUUCCCUGUACUGCCCAACCAUGGCCACGAGGCCAACUGGCCGCUCCACCAUAACUCAGAACCCCCUUGUUGAACCCUUGAACCCUCAACAGCUGGGCUCUAACAUCAGCAUAACUACAAUAGUUCUAAAAGGAAUCGUCAUUUGGAGGCAUUCUUAAGUGGCUCAAGGUAGACUGAAUCAGCCCUCUAAUGCCCACUACCAGUCCCUCAUACUCUAAUGCCCACUACCAGUCCCUCAUACUCUAAUGCCCACUACCAGUCCCUCAUACUCUAAUGCCCACUACCAGUCCCUCAUACUCUAAUGCCCACUACCAGUCCCUCAUACUCUAAUGCCCACUACCAGUCCCUCAUACUCUAAUGCCCACUACCAGUCCCUCAUACUCUAAUGCCCACUACCAGUCCCUCAUACUCUAAUGCCCACUACCAGUCCCUCAUACUCUAAUGCCCACUACCAGUCCCUCAUACUCUAAUGCCCACUACCAGUCCCUCAUACUCUAAUGCCCACUACCAGUCCCUCAUACUCUAAUGCCCACUACCAGGCCCUCCUACUCUAAUGCCCACUACCAGUCCCUCAUACUCUAAUGCCCACUACCAGUCCCUCAUACUCUAAUGCCCACUACCAGUCCCUCAUACUCUAAUGCCCACUACCAGUCCCUCAUAUAUCUCUUCACGCAUUAUUUUUAAGUAAUUGUUCAUUUUAUAAAUGAGUAAUAUAUAUUUAUAUUCACCAAAGAUCGAUGCCAUCUAUGACGCCAUCUCAGAGUAACUGUAUGUUAAUGGCAGGAGAAAACUAAUAUGUAGUUAAGGUGUGUAUGUUUAUGUAGGAGUCUACAUAAUUAUGUGGCGAAGGUGUGUAUGUUUAUGUAGGUGAGUUUACAUAAUAUAGUGAAGGUGUGUAUGUUUAUGUAGGAGAGUCUACAUAGUAAUAAUAAUGUUUGAGUUCUCUGUGCUUAUAGGCAAUAUAAUAUCUUCCGUGAAGAA